UGGCAACCAGGUGCCAGUGUCCCUGGAGCCCAGAUCGCACAGCUGCGCCCAGCCCCGCCCGCUCCACCCUGGCUUUCGGGACCCCUGGGGCCCUGGCUUCAUUCCCCUCGCUUAGGACAGCUGGAGCCUCCGGUCACAAUGAGCAUUGUUCUCUCCAGGGACAGCCAGGUGAGGGUGAUGGAGAACACUGUGACCAAUGCCGAGAAGUACUUCGGCCAGUUCUGCUCGUUGCUGGCCGCCUACACCCGCAAGACGGCUCGGCUGCGGGACAAGGCUGAUCAGCUCGUCAGACAGCUCACCGACUUCGCCAACACCGAGAACCCAGAGAUGCGGGCCACCAUGAGGAACUUCGCCGAGGACCUGGCCAAGGUGCAGGAUUACCGGCAGGCCGAGGUCGAGAGGCUGGAGACCAAGGUCAUCUGCCCCCUGAAGCUCUAUGGGGCGCACAUCAAGCAGACACGGGCCGAGAUCAAGAAAUUCAAACAAGUCCAGAAGAACGAGAUGAAACAACUGGAAAAGCUGGAGAAACUGAGGCAGAAGUCACCUUCGGAUCGACAAAUGAUCUCCCAGGCGGAGACCGGUGUGCAGAGGGCCUCAGUGGAUGCCAGCCGCAUCACCCACCAGCUGGAGGAGGUGAUCGACACCUUCCAGAAGCAGAAGCUGAAGGACCUGCAGAAAAUUUUUUCAGACUUUGUCACCAUCGAGAUGGUCUUCCACGCCAAAGCGGUGGAGGUGUAUUCCAGUGCCUUCCAGAUCCUGGAGAGCUACGACCUGGAGAGAGAUCUGGAGGAUUUUAGAACCAAGAUGCGUGGGGUUUACGGACGCUAUGAUGCUCAGCCAUUCAAGGAUACCACGCCCUCCCCAGCUGUCCCGUGGGCUCUCACUGGCCAGAGCACUCAGACCACCAUACGGAGCCAGAGGAGAGACGAGGAGGAGGAGGAGAGUGUGGAACACUCUGCUGAGGAGGACCCCGUGGAGGACCUCAGGGGACAGGGGCAGACACCCCAGCAAUAGGACCACAGCUCCCCUGUCAGAAAGCACUCCUCCGGGUGCUCAGGGCUGGGGUGG